UCCACCUGGGCUGUCUGACAACCUGUUGAAGUCCCCGGCGAUUAUCGAUGCAAUUUUCGACGUGACGCUUCCUCUGCGCCAAACCCAAGGUCGACAUCUGCCGCAGCCGCGCACACACACGCGCCUUUUUCGGCGAGGCUUCUUCUUCUUCCCGCUGUCGCUCUUCAGCGCUGACGGGUGCGGAAAUCACAAAUCAGCUUCUCCUCCUCCUCCUCCUCCUCCUCCCUCCUUCCCGCCACAGCGACACUUGCAGCCAUUUUACGCAGGACGAGUCCAAUCAUGUCGUGAGGGAAAAGCUCGCCGCUCACCUGCGCCAACAACCGGUGGUCGAGCAGGGAGGUCCGCGGCCGACAUGGUGAAGCGGAAGAGCGUGGACGACAACGAGCCCGAGUGCGGGAAAGGAAUUCCCUUCCCCAUCCAGACCUUCCUGUGGCGGCAGACCAGUGCAUUUCUGCGCCCGAAACUGGGGAAACAAUAUGAAGCAUCAUGCGUGUCCUUUGAGCGAGUGCUGGUGGAGAAUAAGCUGCACGGCUUGUCGCCCGCCCUGUCGGAAGCCAUCCAGAGCAUCUCUCGCUGGGAGCUGGUCCAGGCUGCCUUGCCUCACGUCCUCCACUGCACCUCCAUUUUGCUCUCCAACAGGAACAGACUGGGUCAUCAAGACAAGCUGGGCGUGGCCGAGACCAAGCUGCUCCACACGCUGCACUGGAUGCUGUUGGAUGCCGCCCAGGAGUGCAACCACGAGCCCAGCUUGGGCCACGGCUGGUCGGCUGGCAGCAGUGGCGGCGCCGCCUUCCCUCAGCCCGUCGGAAACCAGGGCUCCUCUCCAGUUGCGCCCGGCUCCCGCUCCAGCUCCGCCUUAGGUGGGUCGGGCCCGCAGCACAGCGGUUCUCUCCUGGAAGAGGAUGAGCACGCUUGCACCAAGUUGUUCUACAAGAGCAUGGCCACCGUGGAGCUCUUUGUGUUCCUCUUCGCUCCACUCAUCCACCGGAUCAAGGAGUCAGACUUGACUUUCCGCCUGGCCAGCGGGCUCAUUAUUUGGCAACCAAUGUGGGAGCACCGCCAGCCUGAUAUCCCCGCCUUCACUGCCCUCAUCAAACCGGUCCGAAACAUCGUAACGGCAAAGAGGAACUCUCCAGUGAUCAACCAAUGCAGCCCCUGUGGGACUGGAAACCCUGGUCCCUUGGGCUUUCAGGUGGUCUGCGAGGCCGGCCAGUCCGAUUCCUCCUCCUCCCCUGCGACAGGCGAGUACAGCUGUCGCCGUGGUAACUCGGUAGAGAAAGGCGGACCUUCCCAGCAACCCCCAGCGAUCAAAGGCCCAUCCAAAAAAAAGACAUCAGCUCCGGCUGCUGUGCCAGCAUCCCUGUCUCAGCGAGCUCGUUACGCCACCUAUUUUGAUGUUGCGGUGCUGCGUUGCCUUCUGCAGCCCCACUGGACAGAGGAGGGGGUGCACUGGGCCUUGAUGUAUUACCGCCAACGCCUGAGACAGAUUCUGGAAGAAAGGCCCGAACGGGCCCCUGAACCACUGGUUGCUCCUCUGUCGCGGCCACGCAGCAGUUCCAUGGUGGCUGCCACCCCUUCCCUGGUCAACACCCAUAAAACCCAGGACAUGAGUUUGAAAUGCAAUGAGGAGGGCAAAUCUCUGAGCACUGAGACGUUCACUAAGGUUUCACUUACCAGCCUUCGUCGCCAAGCAGUGCCAGACCUUUCAUCUGACCUUGGCAUGAACAUCUUCAAGAAGUUCAAGAAUAGGCGUGAGGAUCGGGAGAGAAAGGGAUCCAUCCCCUUCCAUCACACAGGGAAGAAACGCCAGCGUCGUAUGGGUGUCCCUUUCUUGCUCCAUGAUGACCACCUUGAUGUCUCACCCACCCGCAGUGCAUUCUCCUUUGGGAGCUUCUCCGGCCUGGGAGAUGAUCGACGUGCUCUGGACCGUGGGGGAUGGCAGGCCACAAUUAUGGGUAAAUUCACACGUCGGGGAAGCACAGACACAGCCGCAGAUGCCGACAGUCUGAGCACCAAGCAUUCGCAUUCCCACCACUCACUACUCAGAGACAUGCCCGACCACUCCAACAGCCACAGUGACAACACUGUUAAGGAGGUUCGAUCCCAGAUCUCCACCAUCACCAUGGCUGCAUUCAACACAACCGUGGCGUCUUUUAACGUAGGCUACGCUGACUUCUUCACUGAGCAUAUGAAGAGGCUUUGCAACCCUGUGAUCGUCCCAGAGAUGCCCGUGGAGCCUCUAGCCUGUGCUAACCUUCCUCGCAGCCUGACCGACUCCUGCAUCAACUACUCCUGCCAGGAGGAAGGCGAGAACAUAGAAGGCACAAAUAACUUUGUGCUGAAGAAUGGCAUGUUGGACCUCACAGCUGUGCUGCGCGCCCUCUACGCUGUUCUCAGCCACGACAUCAGCUCCAGAAUCUGUGACGUGGCACUCAACAUCAUCGACUGCCUACUGCAGCUGGGCAUGGUGCCUGGGAUAGGCAAAAAGCUGUCCAAGCCCGACAACAAGGAGAACGAAGAGACACGGACCAAGGAUACUGUUGGACAGGGCCUCGGAGGAGGAGGCGGGGGAGAUGGCGGCGGCGGAGGAGGAGGUGGAGGCGGAAGCGGCGGAGGAAGUGGGCAAGGUAGUAAGGAUGACGUGAAGAAUAACAAGGACAACGACAAAAAGGAAGAAAACUCCUGUCUCAGCACCCACCGGCUGGCCCUCACAAUGCUCAUCAAGAUAGUCAAGUCUCUGGGCUGCGCAUACGGAUGUGGCGAGGGACACCGUGGUCUAUCGGGAGAUCGUCUCAGGAUGCAGGCCCAAAACUGUCUGACCAGCCUCUACAAGCUAGACAAGCUGCAGUUUCGCCAGACAAUGCGUGACUACGUCAACAAAGACUCGCUGAAUAACAUUGUGGACUUUCUUCACGCUCUACUGGGCUUCUGCAUGGAGCCCAUCACCGACAAGUACGGCAGUGCAGGUGAGAGGUCCAGGAGGGCGAAAAAACGAAACAUCGACAAAGCGGGCUUCGGGAACAAUUUCACCACGGGGGACAAUAAGUCGGUGGCACAGAACAUGGAGGCGGUUGUGGUGGGCUGCAUGUUCAAGUCGCUGAUCACCCGCUGCGCCUCCACCACACAUGAGCUUCACAGCCCUGAAAACCUGGGCCUCUAUUGUGACAUCCGCCAGCUCGUGCAGUUCAUCAAGGAGGCACAUGGAAAUGUUUUUCGCCGAGUGGCUCUGAGCGCACUCCUGGACAGUGCAGAGAAGGUCACGGCCACUAAGAAACCUGAGGAGAAGGAUGAGACCAAACUGCAAGCUCCAAGAAGGUCAGAGGCGGGUGUGUCCGGGGAGAAGGGUCAGGUGUCCAGUGCUGCAGAUGAGUGUCGCAGCUGCAUCUCUAGCAGACCCCCCCACACCCCCGAACACGAGGAUCAGAUCCCGGGAGCUCUGCUCGGCAGGAAAGACUUUUGGAGGAAGAUGUUUAAGUCGCAGAGCGCUGCCAGUGACACCAGUAGCCAGUCUGAACAGGACACUUCAGACUGCACCACUGCCCACUCUGGCACCACCACGGAUCGGCGUUCCCGAUCAAGAUCCAGACGUAUUUCACUUCGCAAGAAACUUAAACUACCCAUAGCAUGCCGCAGGACCACUCACCUACCACUCACCCUCUCUGUCUUACGCAAUUGGCUGAAACGUUCCUCUCUUUCCGGACUUACUGACGGUGUGGAGGACCUUUUGGACAUCAGCUCAGUUGAUCGACUGUCCUUCAUAAGACAGAGUUCAAAGGUGAAGUUUACCAGCGCCGUCAAGCUAUCAGAAGGGGUCGCCGCGGGGCCGGAAUACGGCAGGGACGAGGAAGAGAAUUUCUUCAAGCGGCUCGGUAAAUGGAGGUCUGGCAGGAGGAAUCCAUCCAAGCUUCACCACACAGAAGAGAAAGAUGGACCCCACGGUUUCCAGGAGCGCCUCGCGGCCAGCCAGGAGGCGAUGAAGAACAAAAAUGUGGUGAACUUGGGUGCAAUCCGACAGGGCAUGAAACGCUUCCAGUUUCUGCUCAACUGCUGUGAGCCCGGGACCAUACCCGACGCCUCUAUCCUCGCCGCUGCUUUGGACUUGGAAGCACCCAUUGUUGCUCGAGCCUCCCUGUUUCUUGAAUGUGCCCGAUUUGUCCAUCGCUGUAACCGUGGCAACUGGCCGGAGUGGAUGAAGGGCCACCAUGUCAACAUCACCAAAAGAGGCCUGUCCAGGGGCCGGUCCCCUAUAGUAGGCAAUAAAAGGAAUCAGAAGCUCCAGUGGAAUGCAGCAAAACAUUUUUGCCAGUGGGGAGAUGCGAUCGGUACACGGCUAAGCGAACUGUGCCACUACGACAGCGAGAGUCCAGCCAACAUUCUUGGGUACAUCUACGAUGAGGAGACUAAAAGAAGAAUGAGAAAGGAGGAUGAAGAAGAGGACUAUUUAGAUGACAACACAGUCAACCCGACAAAAUGUGGCUGCCCAUUUGCUCUGAAGAUGGCUGCUUGCCAGCUGCUGUUGGAAAUAACUACUUUUCUGAGAGAAACCUUUCCUUGCUUGCCUCGGCCACGCACGGAACCACUUGUGGAUUUAGACAGCUGCCGCCUGCGUCUGGACCCUGAGCUCGGUCGUCAUCGCUAUGAGCGGAAGAUCAGCUUUGCGGGUAUCUUGGAUGAUGAGGACGGCCAUGACUCGCUAAACAGCAGCAGCCACACUCUGAAGUCAGACACCACAUGUGAUGACAAAAAGACCCAGGAGGGUGCCGUGCCCAUACGGAAGAUUCGUAUUGGAGGCUCACGGUUGCUGCAAAUCAAAGGAGCCCGCAGCUUCCGUGUAAAAAAGGGUGGCUCUUUGUCGUCCAUUCGAAGGGCGGGAAGCCUGAAGAGCACCAAGAUGUCCCGACAGGAUUCAGAGUCAGAAAACGAGGAGGGGAUACUUUCACAAACAAACAGCAGGGAUACUGUCACAGAUAUUGGUAGCCCUGGCAGUACCAGCGAACCCAGUAUAGAGCCCGAGGGCCAAAGCGGAAGUGGCACAGAAGACAACUACCAUCGCAACAUGUCAUGGCUCCACAUCAUGAUUCUGCUGUGCAACCAGCAGAGCUUCAUCUGCACCCACAUUGACUUCUGCCACCCGCGCUGCUACCAGCACCACAGCCGCUCCUGCGCCCGAUUGGUCCGCGCCAUCAAGCUCGUGUACGGAGAAACAGUCGACAGCCUAAGAGAGGACAGCGCCGCUACCACCGGCAUAAUAAGCGCACGCGCGCAGAAAAACAAAGAAUGUUCUGACAAGUCAUGCCUGAGGACUCCAUCCAUGAAGAGGAGGCCCACUGACACCAACAUUGAAGGGAAGAAAGACACCGGGAUGUUGAAGUACAUCAGAAACCAGGUGAUGAGCUUGUCACCUGCUCCCCUCUCUCUGCUCAUCAAAGCUGCUCCCAUCCUUACUGAUGACAUGUACGGAGACGUCCAGCCUGCAGCCUGGGAGCUGCUACUCAGCGUGGAUGAACACAUGGCAGCUGCUGCUGCGGCAAUGUUCCUCCUGUGUGCGGUAAAGGUCCCUGACACAGUGACCGAGAUGAUGAUGGCAGAGUUCCAGCACCAUGAGGCCUGCCAGCGCAUCAAUUCUAUCUUCAAGUUUUACACGCUGUGGCGAUUCCGCUACCAGGUGUGGCCCCGCAUGGAGGAAGGAGCCCAGCAGAUCUUUAAGAUUCCCCCUCCGAGCAUAAACUUUACCCUGCCAUCUCCCAUUCUGGGCAUGCCUUGCGUCCCUAUUUUUGAUCCCCCAUGGGUUCCCCAGAACACCGGGAGUGUCCAGGACCCAAUCAACGAAGACCAGUCCAAAUCCUUCUCGGCGCGAGCUGUGUCGCGUUCUCACCAGCGAGCUGAACACAUCCUAAAGAACCUGCAGCAGGAGGAGGAAAAGCGUCGUCUGGGCCGUGAGGCCAGCAUCGUCACGGCCAUCCCUGUGGCACAGGAGGCGUGCUAUGAGCCCACUUGCAGCCCUCCACCUGAGCAAGAGGAGGAAGCAGAAGAAGUGGUGAACUUGGCAUCCCGCCGUCUGUCUGUCAGUCCCUCCUGCGCCUCGAGUAACUCCCACAGGAACUACUCUUUCCGCCGAGGCUCUGUGUGGUCUGUACGUUCUUUGGCGAGUGCUGAAGAUGAAGAGAACACAACAGAACACACACCCACGCACCACAUGCUGCAACCGCCACAAGCUGUCUUCCCAGCAUGCAUCUGUGCUGCCGUGCUCCCAAUAGUGCAUCUCAUGGAGGAUGGAGAGGUUCGGGAAGACGGCGUAGCAGUGAGUGCCGUUGCUCAGCAAAUCUUGUGGAACUGCCUGAUCGAGGAUCCCGCCCUUGUCCUCCGCCACUUCUUGGAGAAACUCACCGUGAGCAAUCGACAGGAUGAGUUGAUGUACAUGUUAAGGAAGCUGCUGCUUAACAUCGGAGACCUCCCAGCACAGACCUCCCACAUACUCUUCAACUAUCUAGUGGGCCUGAUCAUGUAUUUUGUGCGGACACCCUGCGAGUGGGGGAUGGACGCCAUCUCAGCCACGCUCACUUUUCUGUGGGAGGUGGUGGGCUAUGUGGAGGGGCUCUUCUUUAAGGACCUCAAGCAGACCAUGAAGAAAGAGCAGUGUGAGGUCAAGCUCCUGGUCACGGCAUCUAUGCCAGGAACCAAGACACUAGUGGUGCAUGGCCAGAACGAGUGUGACAUCCCAACACAGUUGCCCGUCCAUGAAGACACUCAGUUUGAAGCCCUGCUGAAGGAAUGUCUGGAAUUCUUCAACAUUCCAGAGGCUAGAUCUGCGCAUUACUUCCUAAUGGACAAACGGUGGAACCUCAUUCAUUAUUCCAAGACAUAUGUAAGGGACAUCUACCCGUUUAGGAGGUCAGUCUCUCCUCAGCUCAACCUUGUCCACAUGCUGCCAGAAAAAGGACAGGAGCUGAUCCAGAAACAGGUCUUCUCCCGCAAAUUGGAGGAGGUCGGCCGUGUGCUCUUCCUCAUCUCCCUCACGCAGCACAUGCCCGCCGUGCACAGGCAGUCCCACGUCUCACUGCUCCAGGAAGACCUGCUCCGCCUGCCGUCCUUCCCGAGGACGGCUAUUGAUGCGGAGUUCUCGCUGUUCAACGAGCCGCAGGGUAAGGAGCUGUUUGGGUUAGACACUCUCCACAAGGUACUGUGGAUCAAGCUCCUUGAGGAGAUGUUCCUGGGCAUGCCCAGCGAGUACCCGUGGGGUGACGAGAUGAUGCUGUACCUCAACGUCUUCAACGGGGCGCUGCUGCUACACCCGGAGGACAGCGCCCUUCUCCGGCAGCACACUGCGACCGCCAUCAACACAGCCGUGCACUUCAACCACCUUUUUUCACUGAGCGGCUAUCAAUGGAUCCUGCCGACCAUGCUGCAGGUUUAUGCAGACUACGAGGGCAACCCUUUACUCAGACAAGGCAUCGAGUUCUGCUGUCGACAGUUCUACAUCCUCCACCGCAAGCCCUUCGUCCUGCAGCUGUUCGCCAGUGUGGCGCCUCUGCUCGAAUUUACUACCAGCACCAGUAGCGGCCUUUCAAAGGGAGUGUCAGCCCAGUGUCUGUUCGACCUGCUGGUCUCUCUGGAGGGUGAGACACAGGAUGCCUUGGACGCACUCGAGCUGGUCAAGGCUGAGAAACCACUCCGCUCUUUAGAUUUCUGUUAUGGCAAUGAGGACUUGGCCUUUUCUAUCAGUGAAGCCAUAAAGCUGUGUGUCACCGUGGCAGCCUACGCACCCGAAUCCUUCAGAAGUUUCCAGAUGCUUAUGGUGCUGGAGGCCUUGGUCCCGUGUUUCCUCCAAAAGCUAAAGAGCAACACGGUGACAAUGGAGUCAGCAUCAGCUGCCCGAGACGAAAUCGCAGCCAUUGCUGCACUGGCUACAUCCCUGCAGGCUUUGCUCUACAGCUCAGAAACCCUUACAAGACCCAUGACGGCGCCGCAGAUAUCUCGCUGUGAUCAGGGCCAUAAAGGAGGUACCACUGCCAACCAUGCCAUGUCAGGAGGCGUCAACACGAGGGACAACAUCCACUUGCUGGAGGAGGGCCAGGGCAUGCCGAGGGAGGAGCUGGACGAGCGCAUGGCCAGAGAGGAGUUCCGCCGGCCGCGAGAGUCCCUGCUGAACAUCUGUACCGAAUUCUACAAACACUGCGGGCCACGUCUGAAGAUCUUGCAGAAUGUAGCCGGUGAGCCUCGGGUGACGGCGCUGGAGCUGCUUGACAUCAAGUCCCACAUGAGACUCGCGGAGAUCGCCCACGCAUUACUAAAGCUGGCACCCUACGACACCCUGACCAUGGAGAGCCGAGGCCUGCGCCGCUACAUCAUGGAGAUGCUGCCUAUCACCGACUGGUCCUCUGAGGCCGUACGCCCCGCUCUCAUCCUCAUCCUAAAGAGGCUGGACCGCAUGUUCAACAAGAUCCACAAGAUGCCCACGCUCAGGUGCGCUCGCCCUCAGGCACUAUGCACCAGGAGACAGGUAGAGUGGGAGGCGGCCAGCAACCUGAUUGAGGGCAUCUGCCUGACUCUGCAGCGGCAGCCCAUUAUCUCCUUCCUUCCUCACCUCCGCUCGCUCAUUAACGUCUGCGUAAACCUGGUGAUGGGCGUGGUCGGCCCUUCCAGUGUUGCAGAUGGCUUACCUCUACUCCACCUCAGCCCUUACCUCUCCCCACCACUUCCCUUCAGUACAGCUGUGGUCCGGUUGGUCGCCUUGCAAAUCCAGGCCUUGAAGGAAGAUUUCCCUCUCAGUCAUGUGAUCUCACCGUUCACCAAUCAGGAAAGGCGAGAGGGGAUGCUGCUAAACUUGCUCAUUCCGUUUGUGCUUACUGUUGGGUCUGGAAGCAAAGACAGCCCCCACCUUGAGCAGCCGGAGAUCUUCUUGCUGCUGCAGACCGUCAUCAACAUCCUCCUUCCGCCACGCAUCAUCUCCACCUCCCGCACCAAGAACUUCAUGCUGGAUGCUUCACCGGCUCACUGCUCCACCCCCGGUGAUACCAGCAAGGACUUGCGCAGAGAAGGCUUGGCGGAGUCCACCAGCCAGGCGGCGUAUCUUGCUCUGAAGGUGGUGCUGGUGUGCUUCGAGCGCUCUCUGGGGAACCAAUGGUAUCGUCUGAGUCUGCAGGUGAAAGAGAUGGCUCUGAGGAAGGUGGGGGGCCUGGCUUUCUGGGACUUCAUCGACUUCAUUGUGCGCACCCGCAUCCCCAUCUUUGUCUUGCUGAGGCCCUUCAUUCAGUGCAAGCUGUUGACGCAGCCAGCUGACUCCCAGGAGGAGAUCACAGCACGCCACCACAUCGCCGACCAGCUCGAGCGACGCUUCAUCCCUCGACCUCUCUGCAAGAGCUCUUUGUUCGCCGAGUUCAACAAUGAGCUCAAGAUCCUCAAAGAGGCGGUCCACAGCGGCUCUGCUUACCAGGGCAAGACGUCCAUCAGCACGGUGGGCACCUCCACGUCGGCCUACCGCCUCAGUUUGGCCACCAUGUCGCGCUCUAACACGGGUACCGGCACAGUUUGGGAGCAGGACAGCCAGCCGUCCCGCCAGCCGUCGCAGGACACCCUCAGCCGCACCGAUGACGACGACGAAGAGAACGACUCCAUCAGUAUUCCCAGUGUGGUGAGCGAGCACGAGGCCUUCCUGCCCAGGGUGAUAACCGAGCGCCGCUUCUCCAGCCAUGCCACCGGCUCGGCCGCUCAGCCGCCCGAAGCCCCCCGCGCCACCAUGCUGCCCAGCCACAGUGAACCCAAUGUGCUAGAUGAGUCCCAAGGCCUUCUGCAGGAGAGUAACCUCUCUAGGGUGGCCAGUGUGCAGAGUGAACCCGGGCAGCAGAACCUACUCAUCCAACCCCCGCUGGGGAGGAAGCGGGGCCUCCGACAGCUGCGGCGCCCCCUCUUGUCCAUCCCCAAGAACGAACCUCGUAGUCGUUCAGGAGCACGACUCUCCACCACCCGCAGGAGCAUCCAACCCAAGAACAAACCACUGGAAACUUUAUUGGACUGUGAAGCAGCGCAAGGCGACCAGAAGAGGUCGGUCACCUUUACAGAGACGCAAGGCCAGCAAGCGUCCGCGGUAGCUGGCAAGCUUUUGACCCCCGCCGAAGCGCCGAUGGAGGCCAUGAAGGGCAGCCCCGUCCCGAUCAGGCUGCCCAUCCUGGAAGUGCCGUCAUCAGCCGGCGUCACCGCUGACCUGCACAGCCCCGCUAAAACACAGGCACUUCCUGCUAAGAGUAUCAAGGAGAAACGAGAGCAGUGGGGUCUCCGCAGCAGCCUGUCGCCACCCCCGUCCCUCUCACGCGCCUCCACCCCGACGCCGCCGUCUCGCACUUGCUCCCCGCUCCCCCUCUCGCGAGCCUGCUCGCCUCUGUCCCGCACUUCCUCGCCUCUUCCUCUGCCGGUGCUGGGCACGCUGCCGACCUCGGCCCCGCUCCUCCCUUUGCCCCCGCCCAGGAUCAGAGAGAGCCCCGGUGACGCGGACACCACCACGCUGCUGCCACGCAGCGACACGCUGCUGCAGCUCAGCGAGGACGACGGCACGGAGAACCCGCUCCUCACCCCGCUCCUGUCCGCUCCCUCGCCGCAGCGCUCACCUCGCCGACCGCCCUUCCCCCUCUCCCCAGUUGACCUGGACUUGGAUGAGUCUCACGUGUAAUCUCUUUAAUGUACAGUAAUAUAUACAGUAUAGAGCGGAAUGUAUAUUUUAGCAGGGAUUGAAUAUAGAAAUUAUACAAAUAUUUAUGAGAGUAAAUGCUAACACACAGAAGAUGCUGUAAUAUGCAAUUAUUCCUCAGCCAUGACCGUAAAACCGUAUUUUUCGGACUAUAAGUCGCAGUUUUUUCCAUAGUUUGGCCGGGGGUGCGACUUAUACUCAGGAGCGACUUAUGUGUGAAAUGAUUAAUACAUUACCGUAAAAUAUCAAAUAAUAUUAUUUAGCUCAUUCACGUAAGAGACUAGACCAGGGGUCGGCAACCCAAAAUGUUGAAAGAGCCAUAUUGGACCAAAAAUACAAAAACAAAUCUGUCUGGAGCCGCAAAAAAUUAAAAGCCAUAUUACAUACAGAUAGUGUGUCAUGAGAUAUAAAUUGAAUUAAGAGGACUUAAAGGAAACGAAAUGACCUCAAAUAUAGCUACAAAUGAGGCAUAAUGAUGCAAUAUGUACAUAUAGCUAGCCUAAAAAGCAUGUUAGCAUCGAUUAGCUUGCAGUCAUGCAGUGACCAAAUAUGUCUGAUUAGCACUCCACACAAGUCAAUAACAACAAAACUCACCUCUGGAAAGUUUGGUGGACAAAAUGAGACAGAAAAAGAAGUGGCAUAAAACACGCCCUAUAAAGUCGGAGAAAGUUAUACAUGUAAACAAACUACGGUGAGUUCAAGGACCGCCAAAAUUAGUAGGACAAAACGGCGCUCGCCAAAUACUCGAAUCAGUGAAUCAUGUUUAAUAUAAACAGUGUGCUUUGUAACAAUUAGGGAGGC